AUGACAAUGACGCGAGUUUUUGAUGGUAAGGCGGAAACCUACGACGCACUCCCCGAGUUCUACCGGUACGAGGACACAGGCUGCGAGGCCUCCGACGCCUGCCUGAACUGUCCCCUGCCCCAAUGCAAGUUUGAUGACCCGGGCUGGUACCAGCGAAACCGCCGGCUGGCGAAGGACUUCCAGGUGAUGUACGCCAUGGAACGGGAGAGGCUUUCGGUGGAAGAAGCGGCAGAGCGUUUCUCAGUGACGGUACGGACCAUUUUCCGAAUCCUGCAGCGCUGCCGCACCGCCAUUGCGGAGCCCGAGGGCCAAGAGAUGAGCGCCCUGGCGGCGUAG